GUCGAGAGAGGAUGAGUUCGGAAUCCCACAUCAUCGGCGACAACCACCUGUUCGGAUUGCUCUCCUGGAUCAUGUCCCGCUCGCCCACGGAGACCACCUCCCUGAGGAUGCGACCACUCAAGAGGCCAGCCUGCCCAGCACAGAAACUCCUCAGCACCCCCGAGAGGGGGGAGCACAUUCCCGAAACAUUCAGGUGGAUAUUCCGCUUACCUCAGCCUGCGCAUCUUCUAACCCUGAGCGCUUCCCUAUGUCUGGCGUUCCUGUUCUAUCCACAGACCAUCUCCGCUCACGUGGGCGGAACCAAUCCACCGUCCACCCUCUCCAGUCUCAUCUAUGUUGCUUGCUUCGCCACGCAUUUCGGGACUCAGUUCUGGAUGACCUUUGCAUCAGGGCUGGUGCUCUUCUUCAGCCUCCCCCGCCACGUGUUCGGGCGGGUGCAGCGCUGCCUCUUCCCCAAGUACUUCUUCGUCAACUCGGUGCUCUCCGGAGUCACGCUCCUGCUCUUCCUCAUCCACCAUCCUCGGGCGGCACAGGGAGAGAUGCGACUGCAGAUGUGGACCCUUCUAGUCUGCUUCGUGAGCGAGUUCUUCGCUCGUCUCUACGUCGUCCCCGGCCUCCUCGAAGCCCUCGAAGAACGCAUGGUCCUGGAAGAAGGGGCAGGAGUGGGGCAGGAAGUAGGCUACCACGACCCAGGUCCUCUGGCCCACUGCCCCCACUACAACCAGGUGAACCGGCGCUUCAGGAAGUACCACGCAGUGUGCGCGUGCGCAAACAUUCUCUCCAUGGCUUGCAGCACAUUGCACCUGUAUUUCUUAUCGACGAAACUCAGAGCAGCUCUGACGUGAUAACUCAUUAAUUUGCAUGUAGCAAGACUUCGUCUACCAUUUAAAUCUAAGGACACCAUUUCCUGGUUUCUCUAUGCAGCCAUCAGCAUGGCUUCGUCUUCAUAUUGCUCAUACUACUUCAUGUAGCAAGAUUACAUCUACCAUUCAAAUCUUAGGACACCAUUCCUGGAAUGCGAUGCAGCCUGGUCAUGGCUUGCUUAAAUUUUGUCAAAGACAGAAAUCAUUGUUCCAAUAUGAUGGUCCAUUUCUUGUGUCAGGCAGAUGGAGUAACUUACCAAUUUGCUAAAAAACGUAAAAUUCGUGAUUUCAAAAGAUGUAUCCAACGGUGGCUCGAGAAAAGGGCCAGAUUGUCCUGAACAUGAGACAUAUUUUUUCCUUGCUUCUUUUUUUCCGUUGUUUCUCAGAUUAAUCAAAAACUAAAGUGAAAUAAAUAAUGUUACUUAGAAUGCACAAGGGACAUUUCAACUACUUUCAUUGUGAUUUCUUAUUUCAAUUUUUAGAUCAGUUUACAGAAACAACUUUUGCAAUAAAGACUUAUAAAAAAAACAUCGAACAUAAAAGAUAUCUCAAUUAAAUGUAAGUAAACUUUGUGCCUUAUGAAAUCUGUCAUGGGUUUUUACUUUAAAACUGUGGAAUGAUCUAACAUAGGAAUAAAAGCAGUGGCAGACUUGCACCAUUGGGAGCUGGUCGCAAUACGUUUCCGGGAAUCCUUUGCCUAACAUAAACAUUUUUUUCGUGGACAGUUUUGUAUCCCUUUAGGGGGUCCUUACGUUGUACUGGUCUCUCGUAGUUACAACGUGGUAAAUCUGCCAUUGAAUGUGAGACUCAUUUAGUGUUGAGAGAAUCAUAACUUGUGAAAUUUAUUUCCAAAUAGUCAAGUGUUCUGCUUUACCAUAAAAUAAAAAUGCAUAAAAAAACAUUAUUUGCCUACAGAACAGAAACCGCAAGCUUAAAAGUAAUUUCCGUUAUUUUCUGUUAUUCUCCAAGCAUUUGGGAAAAAAAGAUCCGAUCAUACAAAAAGAUCAAACCAGCCUUAUGCUUUUCUGGUCUCUCGUAGUUGCAACAUGGUAAAUCCGCCACUGAAUAAGAGAAUCAUUUGAAGUUGAUUGAAUCAUAACUUGUGAGAUUUAUUUCAUAAUAGUUAAAUUUCUGCUUCACCGUCAAAUAAAAAUGCAUCUAAACCGUUGCUUGCCUACAGAAGAGAAACCACACAUUUAAUA